ACAGUCUUAGGUCUCCUACUUUUCCUUUUUUUAUGUCAACGAAUUACUGCAAUUUCUUAAGUCGUUGAUAAUAUUUUUUGCAGAUGGUGUCAAAAUCUAAAGAACAAUAAGAAGUGAGGCUGAUCAUUUUAAUGGUCAAGUUGACCUAGACAAAUAAUUGAUCCCAAUGUUGGGACUUAGCAAAAUUAAUCCUAGUGUACUCAUGCUCAUCGGAUACGGUAACAUUCAUCAGUAUACUAUAUACGGCGCGUCUCUUCCAUACGUGCAUGAGCAGACUUUCAGUGUGUGCGAAAAUGGUGGCUCGCGAAACCAAAUGUAUUAUAUACUCCCAGUGUAAAACUAAGUUUAUCAUGCAGUCGGAUGGGACCAUUUUGGGGCCAGUUAGUUCCAGAAAACAAAGCAUUCUAUUCGGGGAGAUGGGAACCUUCCUUGUCUGGAAAAACGUUUUCGGUUGUGAAUCCGGCUACAGGUGAACAUUUAGGUUUGGUUCCAGCCUGUUCAAAGAGUGAAUGUGAGAUUAGCGUCAAUGUAGCUUCAGUCAGUCAAAAAGAAUGGAAAUCGAAAACACCGGGGGAACGAUCGUCAGUUAUACGUAAAUGGGCAGAUACUAUUCGACAGAAUGUUGACUCAUUGACGGAUCUUAUUGUAGCUGAAAAUGGGAAAUCGUCAUUUGAUGCACGUAAUGAAGUUCUGUCAGGUGUUUCCGCUCUGGAAUGGUAUGCUGAGGAAGCUAAACGUGUUUUUGGUCUUUAUAUUCCAUCACUAAGCUCUCAUUCACGGCGUCAGCUAAUUGCUCAACAACCAAUUGGCGUUGUUGGUGUAAUUACUCCGUGGAAUUUUCCACUUUCUAUGGUAACACGAAAAGUUGGUGCUGCUUUGGCUUCAGGAUGCUCUGUAAUUAUUAAACCAGCUGAAGAUACUCCAUUAACAUCAUUGGCUAUUACUUAUCUUGGUAUUGAAAAAGCAGGAAUACCUCCAGGUGUUUUGAAUGUAAUCACAGCCGCAGUUGAUGACAAUGGAGCAGAAGAAAUCGGAAAUGUAUUAUGUACUCAUCCCAUUGUUCGUUUAAUUGGAUUUACUGGCUCUACAGAAGUGGGAACGAUGCUUUACGCCAAAGCUGCUAAUUAUGGUAAACGCGUUCUUUUGGAAAUGGGCGGUAAUGCUCCGUUUAUUAUUUUUGAUUCUGCGAAUAUUGAUAAAGCCGUUACUGGCGCAGUAGGAUGUAAAUUUCGUUGUUCUGGACAAACUUGUAUAUCAGCAAAUCGUAUUUUUGUUCAUGAUGAAAUACAUGACGUAUUUGUUAACAAACUAACUGAGGCCGUUUCUCGUCUUCACAUGGGUAACGGUGCUAAUCCAAAUACCAAUUUAGGUCCAGUUAUCAAUGAAAAGGCUUUAACUAAGAUUGAAAAAUUAGUUAAUCUAGCUGUAGAACAUGGUGCACAUCCAUUAAUUGGUGGCCAUAGUAGAUUAAAGGGUAAAAAUUCAUUUGGAUUUGAUUACUCCAAUGGUUAUUUUUAUCCGGCAACUGUUCUGUCGAAUUGUCACACAAAAAUGGCAUGUAUGGAAGAGGAGGUUUUCGGUCCUGUUGCUUCAGUUUGCAGAUUCAAGAAUGAGGAAGAAUUGAUUGAAUUAGCUAAUGCAACCCCAUAUGGUUUAGCUGGUUACAUUUACACUGAGAAUAUUAAUCAAGCUUGGCGAAUUGCAGAUGAAUUACAAGUUGGAAUGGUUGGUUUAAAUACAGGAUUUGUAAGUACUAUUGAAUUACCAUUUGGUGGAAUAAAAAACUCCGGGAUUGGACGUGAAGGUGGACCAAAUGCUUUACAUGAAUUUAUGGAUAUUAAAACAAUCACUUGGGAUACAUCAAAUAAUUGAAAAGCUUAUUCAAUUUUUUUUAUUUUCUUUUAUAUUGCCCAAUUUGUCCUCUCUUUUCAUUGCAAUUAAUUUUGAUAGUCUUAGUUGUGUUUUACAAAGUCUAAUGAUACAACACCGUUAAAUUUUUAAUCUUUUCUAAGCUACACAAAUUUUCACCAUAAUAGAAUUACUUGAUGUUUCAAUUGAUGUCUAUCCGUUAUUUAUUCAAACUAUUCGUUUGUUCUUACUUUCCAUUCGUGUAGAUUUAAUACAGUUAGAAAAACAAAUUAUUUUUAUAUAUUAAUUAAUUUGGCGAGACUAUAAUAUAUAGACGACGACCUUUGAACGAAUCUUAAGUUGGCACCGUGACCUUGAAAUCUCUCAAACGCUUCUGAUUGACUCGUCCAUAAAUUACAGUCUCGCCAUUAACUUUUGUUAGGGUUUUGGAAAAAUCACAUUGUUUCUUUUCAAAUACUCAUUUCAGUAAAUGAAAUCUGUUAGUUUCUCAAUACGAUGAAAUAAUUUAAUGAAAUUUAUCUGUUUACGACUCUUUAUUAAUGGUUAUCUUUAAAUUAUACCAUGUACAGAUUUUAGGAUUCAGUUUACCUAGUCUUCAUUUCAUUUAAAUUUAAUGUUUAAAUAUAUUAUUGUUGGGUAUUGAUGAUAAUAUGUAAAAUAUUGACAAAUGUUUACGUGAUACAUUUAGUUGAUUUGAUAAAUUUGAUGUUUGAUUAUAUUUCCUUAUAAAAGUUUAGACCAGUUUGUUGAGUGAAACGAUGAAUUUACUUCAAGUUCAAUUAUAACAUUAGUCUUAUAUUCCCUGAUGUUAAAUCUUAAUUCUGUCGUCCAAAAUGAAAA